AUGGCUUCGUUAUCGUUAAAAGAAACUGAAGUGUAACUAGAUUACUAGUUUAAAAUAUUAUUGAUAGGUGACAGUGGAGUAGGAAAAACUUCAAUUAUGAAUAGAUUCACUGAAAAUAAAUUUAAUGUUGAAAUAAAAUCAACAAUAGGAGUUGAAUAUAGUAAAAAAACUAUGGUUAUUGAUUAAGCUGUUAUUUAAGCCUCUAUUUGGGAUACUGCCGGAUAAGAAAGAUUUAGAUCUUUAGCUAAAAAUUAUUACAAAGGUGCUAUAGGUGCUUUAUUAGUUUUUGAUGUUACAAGACCACAUACUCUCGAAAAUAUUUAAAAGAUAUGGCUCUAAGAAGUCGAAUAGCAUGCAUCAAAAAAUAUUAAAAUGAUUUUAAUUGGAAACAAGAGCGAUUUAACUGUAGAGCGUAUUGUAAAAUAGGAAGAAGCAGUUAAUUUCUCCAAAACAAAUAACCUAGCUUAUAUGGAAACAUCUGCAUUAAACAAUUAAAAUAUUGAUUAGGCAUUUGAGACUCUCGUAAGAGAAAUAUACAGUGAAAUCAAUUCACUCCCUUCUGAAAUCCGUCCUAAAAACUUAACAUAGCGUAAAGAGCAUACUCCCUAAGUUAAUUAAAACAAUAACUUACAGAUUGACAAGAAAAAUAUUAAAAAGAAAAGAGCAUGUUGUGAAUGA